AUGUAUUUUGGAAGUCUGCCCAUUUUGCUACUGCUGUGCCUUGGGAUUUUCAGCUCAGGUGAAAGUUGUUCAAUCCGCUCUUCCAUUAACAUACUUGAAGAAGAAUAUUUCUCAGAUUGUUGUCCUCUUGGAAAGCAAGCUAAAGGAUAUGAUUUAACCUGGUAUAGAGAAAAAGAAGGAAAACGGACAUUAAUUCAACAAGGAGAGAGACUAGUUUUGAACGGAACUUCUUUGCAAUUUUGGCCUGCUAUACUAGAUGACACUGGGAAGUACAUUUGCAGUCUCAGUAAUGGAACAUACAGUGUCAACCAUUCCUGGGACUUAAAUGUGCUCCCCAAAGAUAAAGGAAGUUGUUUUACUGCAGAGCAUGUGGAAUCUGGUUUGCCUAAAAUAGCUGGAAGAAGUUUUCGGUUUUCAUGCAGGGCUGAGCAUUAUGAUGGAAAGAUUGUCAAGAAAACGUGGUAUAAGAACUGCCGUUUCGAAAAAGAGGAGACAUUGUAUAUCCAACAACUAACGUCUGAGGAUUCUGGGAACUAUACAUGUGUGGUGUCCUAUCUUCAUGCAGGAAAGAUAUACAAUGCCACAAGCACAAUAAAAGUACAAGUGAUAGAAGAAGCUGCUGAGUAUACAAAGCCAACGAUAGUAGGACCUGACUAUGAAGAAGUCGAAAUAGAAAUCGGUAAAGAGAAGAUGAUCAACUGCACAGCUUUGUUAGGUUACUCUAACAAUUCAAAAAUUUCACUUUAUUGGCUACACAACAAUGAAUGGUUAAAUAAGUGUGAGGAUGCCACAGAGAGUGGGUCUCCAUGUGAAAUGGAAAACUAUGAGUAUUACGAAGAAGGCAAAUUCUUUGUCUUGAAUCAAUUGUGGAUUAAACAUUUUCAAGAAAAAGAUGUCAACACUGUAUACAACUGCACUUUAUCAGCUUCAAAUGCUGAAACAAAAACAUUUAUGCUGAAGAAAGGUAAACCUUCAGAUCUCUCGCCACGUACUUUUACUACUGGAAUGAUUGCAGCAAUACUGUGUUCCCUUGUUGCCUUUGUCAUGAUGGUUCUGUGUAUUGUAUUCAAAGUUGACCUUGUUUUACUGUACAGGGAUUUAGCAGCUAAAGAUGAAACUCUAGAAGAUGGAAAAACCUAUGAUGCUUUCGUGUCUUACCUGAAAGACUGUAUACCACUAUGUGGUGAAGAGAGAGAGUUUGCUCUGGAUAUAUUGCCACAAAUAUUAGAAGAGCAUUUUGGAUAUAAAUUGUGUAUCUUUGAAAGAGAUGUUUCUCCUGGAGGAGCUAUUGUUGAUGAUGUCCAAUCAUUUAUUGACAAAAGUCGAAGAUUAAUUGUUAUACUGAGCAAGAAUUACAUCUCUGACAAAGUCAUGUUUGAGCUUGAAACUGGAUUGCAUAAGGCCUUAGUUGAAAGAAAGAUCAAAGUAAUAUUGAUAGAAUACAUGCCUGUAAGUGAUUUUAAGUUCUUGCCUGAUUCUUUGGAGCUUCUUUCAUCCAGCCAGAGGGUAAAAUGGAAAGAAAAUAAGUCUAUCCCAUUAAACUCCAGAUUUUGGAAGAAACUCCGCUAUGCGAUGCCUGCAAAAUCUUCCUCGAUGAGUACAUUACCUUAUUUUCAUAGAAUGCAUCCUAGAACAAAAUUGGUUCAAUUUGUACCUCAUCCAAACUGGGUUUCCUGA